CUUUUUUUCGCCUCGUAACCAAACACACCUCAAAUUAAUCCCUCCUUUCUUUAACGACUCCAAAACGUUUCGCAAACUCCUCAAAAGCCCUAACGCAGUGAGACUCGCACUCGCUAAGCUCACUGAUUCAUCGAGAAAAAGAUGCCCGGCGUUACGUCAGAUUCCGGUGGUGGCGCGUUGGUAUCAUUCUCAUCGGAGUCCCAGGGCGCGGCGGUGUAUCCUCUACACCAUGGCCUGAAGUCUCCAAUCUCUCGGCUCUCCAUUUCAUGGUCACGCGGUGACUCCCUCCGCGUCUCGGUCUUCGCCGCACCGUCCUCCGAUGAUUCCGACAAAGAAGACGCCGGAGGAAGAGUAGUGGAAGUGAAGCUCGGCGGCGGAGACGGUGAGAUCACUGACGCUAAUUGGCGGAAGAUCGCGUAUGGUUCGGUCUCUCCUUUUGCUCUUCUACAGAGCAGGAAAAACGCCGCCUCCAGCUUGUCCAAAAUGUCCAUGAAGUCUUCGCGUUACGAUGUUGACUGGUGGGAGUACAUAAUGGAGUACAGCAAGGACAUAAGUGCUCUUCUUGGUAAUCGGAAAUCCGCUUCCGGUCCGGUUAUCGACGAUCCAAAGUCAGUUAUAACGAAAGGAGAGGAACCGACUAGUUUGAAGGCUGCGUGGGAGCUAUUGGAAAUGUUUUAUGCAGAAAAGCCAUCUCAAUCUUGGUUACCUGAACGUCUUGUCGAUUGGUUAGCUGAUUACGAUAGCCUUUUCUCAGGAACACACUCCACAGUCCACUCAAAGCUUGUUGAUUUUCAAAAAGAACUUGUUAACUUGCAGGUUGUGGAAGAUGAUCCAAAAUACUGGGAAGUUAUGUCAUCAGCACUAGCAAUUGGUUGGCUCGAUAUUGUGGUGAAAAUGUUGCGCUUGCAUGGAUCUUAUCAAUUAGAUCAACUCAGCAAUCGUGAGACAGAGAAUGGUCUUGUAGAGGCAGUUGCUGUUCUUAUUUCGAAAAUGCCACGCAUGCGUUUGGAGCAUGCUGGAAAUUUGGGUGAAUGCUUUAAGUCCAAACCUGAUUUUGUGAAGGCAUGGGAGAAGUGGCGGGCACAAAUAAAUAAGCUGGAUUUAAGUGCAUUCUGGUUUCAGUGUGAUCACCAGCAGACUCGGGAGGGCUUGAGAAGUAUGUUACAAAUAAUGCUGGGUAAUGCUAAUAGUCUUGGCACUGCAACAUGUCAUUGGAUAGAGCUGUAUAUUUCACACUUGCUAUACAUCAGGCCAUUCACUGUGGGGUUAGAAAGCAUGUAUAGUUUGGCACAGAAAUGCAUUCAAUUGAAACCAAUGGCCUCUGCACACAGGUUGAUGGAACUUAUGAUUGGAAUUCUUGGGGAAAAUACUGAGGUCAUAUUAGCAGAAUGCUCGAAAGGGUUUGGUCCUUGGAUGGUUGCCCAUGCCAUAGAGUUGUUGACUGCUGGGAGCAAUCAUGCAGAAAUGCUUUUACAUGAAGAGCGUCAGAACAUGGGGGGAAUAAGCAUAGAGGAGCUUCAUCGACUAGUUUAUGCUCAAGUCCUAUCCUCACAUCCAUUAACUUGGCAAAUUGCUCCAAUUUAUCUUACGUCAUGCAUGAAGCAGGGGAUGGUUCUGUUACAGAUAUUAUUGUCCAAACAGCCUGUUAUAUAUAAUCAGUUGUUGCUUAAGAAUAUAGAGAUUUGCCGCCUUUAUGAGCUUGACAACAUAACUUCAAAUAUUAUGAAGAUUGCUGGAGUAUACCACUGGAAGCAUGGUAGGAAAGGUUCUGGAGUAUUUUGGCUGCAGCAAGCCCGGGAUGACUAUCGUCUUAAUAGGAUAGCUCAGCAAUUGUUUGAUUCUGUUGGCAAAACAAUCUCUGAUGAGAGUUUCAAGCAAUGGGAAGGGUUAAUUCAGUUAUUGGGUUCUGAAUGUAAGACUGCUGGUGGACUAGAGUUUCUGCACAAGUACAGAGAUUUAAAGAAAUCACUCCAGCAGGUUCAAGAUGGAAAAACUACAGAUGCUACUCGGCAGGCUGUGGAAUCUCUUAUAUCGCUCAUGAAAAACCCCUCCACACCUCAACGCUUUUGGUUGCCGCUUCUGUAUGAUUCGUUGAAACUGCUUAAUUGGCAGGAUCGUCCUUUGUUCAAUGUCUCUCAGACAAAUCUUCUGUUAAAUAAACUAGAGGAAUUGUCCAUGGCAAGGCUUCGCCCAGACUUCAUCGAAGCUGAGUUACCACCCCAGGCCUUACACUCUGUUAGACUAGCUCUUGCCAAGAAUCUUGGUCGCGCUAUUCUAGAGGAAUGAGCCCUCUCGAGAAUGCAAACCAGUGCCUGAACUUCACUGCGUCCACAAGCUAAAUUGUUUGUUCCAAGGUCUUGAGAUUGUCACGCAGCAGCUGGCCAUGUCUAGAGACAUUCGAUUUGAUUUAAGGUUUGUAGGCGGAGUUUAUUUGUUCAGCCACAGAGAUAUGAAAGCACAUGGGCCAUGGAUGAGCUGCAAAGUUGCAAAUUAAGCUUUACAUACACAAACAGGGCCUACAAAAGAGAAUAGGAAAUCUGUAUUUCUUCUUUGCAAUCAAUGAAAGCCUGAUUUUAUGAUA